AUGACUGCUGAGAGCGCCAAAACCAAUGGACCCAUGCGGGAGCCGGAGGCGGGGGGGACAAAGCUGCCGGUGCCCCCUGCCCCGCCGCGGCGCCGGGGACGCAGGCUGCGGCGCAAGUCACCGCCAGAGGUCCCAGUGAAAGGACAGAUCCGCAUGCGCUCUCCAUCAGGAGCCUUCGUCAUGGUGGGCAUCUCGGUGGUCCUGGUGGGCAUGACCAUCGCCGUGGUGGGCUACUGGCCCCACCGGGGAACUGGGGCCACCGGGGCCGGCGUGGGGAAUGCCAGCACCACGGGGGACAUGAGGAGGGAGGUGGCUGCCGGGCGCCACGUACCCCACAGCGAGAAGCUCAAGCUGAUCGGCCCUGUCAUCAUGGGCAUUGGGCUCUUCAUCUUCAUCUGCGCCAACACCAUGCUGUACGAGAACAGGGACAUGGAAACCCGCAGGCUGAUGCAGAAGGGUCUCUACUCCAUGGCGACGGGGCUCCCUGAGGGGACUGGCCCCGAGGACGGGCACUGCCAGCCCGUCCCCAAGGCCAACGCCGAGUGCGUGGACGGAGCAGCCCCCGCCGCCCCCCUCCUCAGCCUCCGCUCCGGUGCCUCCGCCGAGGCCAACCUCAGCCUCUCCUGCCGCGCCGGAGCCGAGUCCCUCCUCUCCUCGGCCGUCGGUGCCUUGGCGUUGCCCGUCAUCAAGCUCAACAACCGCUUGCUGGACGCAGCAGCACGGGGAACCAGCGAGAGGGUGGAGGGGGCCCCCACUGAGCCCCCCGCUGAAGCCCCGUGGCUCUCCCGGGCUCUGCUCUCUGGCGGCGGCAGCGGUGUGCCCCUCAGCCCGGGUGGGGGGGGUGGCCACGUGAUCAUCAACAUGGAUGGUGGCUGCCCUCUGACAGAGCCACCACCGGCAGAGCUCAGCCCGGACACACAGCUCCACACCCCGGGACACUCCAAGUCCCUGGACCUCGGCCAGCCAGGGGUGCUGCUGGUGGCCCCCAUCAAGGACCGUAAGAACCGGAGCUGGCCCCGGCUGGACCACGUCAGCCUGGUGGGUUACGCCAAACUGGAAAGCACAGGCGAGUCCUCGGACCAGCUGCUGGAGCCCAGCGAGUUCCAGAGCCGGGGUGAGCCCCGACCCAGCUCCUGGGUGGUGGGGAUGGAGCAGGGCGCGCGGGUCUGA